AUGGGUUUGCUUGCGCUAGGCACGGCGCUCGAUUGGCCGGAUGCCAAACAGCACGCGAACAAAGUCAGAGAAUGGGGAAUCAAGCAACUGCUUGAGAUUUGGAGCAAGGCGAAGACCAAGGAGCGUGAUGCCUUACUAUGGGGGGAUGAGGUCGAGUACCUAGUCGUCACCUACUCCAAGGACGACCCAAAGGUCCUCCUGUCGCUCCGCCAGGCCGAUAUUCUCACGGCCUUGGCGGCUGACGAGGAACUAUCUGCCAAGGGCGGUGGUGUACCUGCUCUGCAAGAUCCCCAGCAUCAGUCGAACCCUCUCCCAGUCUUUCACCCCGAGUUUGGGAGAUUCAUGCUCGAGGCAACUCCCGGUAAGCCAUGGGGAAUUGGGUUCAAGGAGCUUUUGGAUGUCGAACCAGACAUGAAGCUUAGGAGAAAAAUUGCGAAGGAGCACAUGAAAUCGAACGAGUACCCUAUCACCCUCACUACUUUCCCUCGACUAGGUGUUCCAGGCGUCUUUACAGACCCCUAUUUCCCCCCAUCGGGUUCGAAACUGCGAUCACAGUUUGUUCCAGAUGAGAUAGCCAACCCCCACAUCCGUUUUCCGACUUUAGCUGCCAACAUCCGUUGGAGACGAGGCCGAAAGGUCCAAGUCAAUGUGCCAGUCUUUCACGACGUGAAAACGUCCAAGCCGUGGAAAGACCCGUCUGUCAAUUAUGACCUCCACAAUUGGCCAGAGGAUGAUGACGUGAGGAACGGCGCGAGUCCUGAUGACUUUAUCCACAUGGAUGCAAUGGCUUUUGGCAUGGGAAGCUGCUGUCUUCAGAUAACCUUCCAAGCCAAGAAUAUCACGGAAGGGAGGAAGAUGUACGAUCAGCUCAGUCCCAUUGGGCCGAUCAUGUUAGCUCUGACAGCAGCAACCCCAAUUUACAAGGGCUUUCUGGCGGACACUGAUGUCCGAUGGAAUCAAAUCAGCAGGGCAGUGGACGAUCGUACCCCUGAAGAACUGGGCGAGAAGCCCUUAAAGGAGGAUAGAUGGAGAAUACCGAAGUCCCGUUACGCAUCCAACUCAACAUACAUAUCUACGGACAACAGGCUUAGGCCCGAGUAUAUGGACCCAAAUCUCGUCAUCGACGAGUCCAUCAAGGAGCAGUUGCUCGAAGGCGGCAUGGAUGAUCGGCUCGCGACUCACUUCGCCCAUCUCUUCAUCCGUGAUCCCAUUGUUAUAUUCUCAGAAGACCUGAAAGAGCUGGACAUGACCAAGGCCGACCAUUUCGAGAACAUACAGUCUACUAACUGGCAACACAUGCGGUUCAAGCCGCCGCCAGCCGGCAGCGACAUUGGAUGGCGUGUUGAGUUCAGACCGAUGGAAAUUCAAAUCACAGAUUUCGAGAACGCCGCAUUCUCCGUUUUCAUGGUCCUCAUCACGCGCGCCAUCCUAUCGUUCGAUCUGAACUUCUACAUUCCCAUCGCCAAGGUUGAUGAGAAUAUGGAAACAGCACAUGCUCGCGAUGCAGUCCUAGAGAAGAAAUUCUAUUUCCGCAAAAACCCCUUCCCUACACGUCCGGCUCGAAGUGCCGUCGCCUCCGGCACCAGCACACCCGUGGUCAGCCGGCCGCCGACGCCCACCGGCCCCGUGGAAGACGAAUACGCACUCAUGACUGUGGAUGAGGUCAUUAACGGCUCAAAUUCCGAGGAACACGACUUCCCUGGACUCAUCCCCAUCGUGGAAAGUUACCUCGAUUCCGUCAAUGUCGAUGUGCGAACGCGGUGCGAGCUGGAUACCUAUUUGAAACUCAUUCGCUUGCGAGCUAGUGGCGAGCUUUGGACAGCAGCCAAGUGGAUCAGACACUUCGUCAGCAAACACCCUGCCUACCAGCAAGACAGCGUGGUUGACGACACUGUCACCAAGGACCUGGUCGGUGCUGUAAUUGACAUCUCUGAUAGAGAGCAGCUUGGCAAGGGCUGGAAGGGUCUCGACGUUCCAGACCUAGAAAGGUUGCUUGGAGGGUUUAGGGGUGGAUGUGGAGGCUCCAGAGACUAG